AUGUCGUCUUCCAACUACGUCUCUACCGGCCAAGCGCGCUACCUACGAGCAUGCAUGGUCUGCUCUGUUGUCAUGACCUACGCACGCUUCCGCGACGAAGGCUGCCCGAACUGCGAAGAGUUUCUGCAUCUCCAGCACUCUCAAGACCAGAUUGAGAGCUGCACCUCCCAAGUCUUCGAAGGAGUUAUCACCCUCGCGAACCCGGCCAAAUCAUGGAUCGCAAAGUACCAGCGCCUUGACAACUAUGUCCCUGGCAUGUACGCCAUCAAAGUGUCAGGUCAACUCCCCGACGAAAUUCGAUCGACGUUGGAAGACGAGUAUAGAAUACAGUACAUUCCACGUGACGGCACAGAGGCGGAGAACGAUGCUUAG